AUGGAACCCCUAAACUACACAGGACUAUCACAAUUCCGACUCCUGGGACUCUCUGAUGACCUAGAACUUCAGCCCAUCCUAGCUGGGUUGUUCUUGUCCAUGUACUUGAUCACUGUGCUUGGAAAUCUGCUCAUCAUCCUGGCUGUCACCUCUGACUCCCACCUCCACAUCCCCAUGUACUUCUUCCUCUCCAUCCUGUCGUUUGCUGACAUUGGCUUCAGCAGUAGCACUGUCCUCAAGAUGCUGGUGAACCUCCAGACUCAUAGCAAAUCCAUCAGCUAUGCUGGCUGCCUAACACAGGUGGCCUUUUUUAUCUUUUCUGGAUGUUUGGACAGUCUGCAGAUGGCUGUUAUGGCCUAUGACCGCUUGGUGGCCAUCUGCUACCCUCUACACUACCCCAUCAUUAUGAACCCCUGCUUCUGUGGCUUGUUAGUCCUACUGUCACUGUGCCUCAGUCUGUUGGACUCCCUGGCACACUGCUGGAUAGUGUCACAACUUAAUUUCUGUGAAGAUGUAGAAAUUCCUAGUUUCUUCUGUGACCCUUCUCAGCUCCUGAAGCUUGCCUGUGAUUAUAUUCCCACUAAAAAUAUCUUCAUCUAUCUGGUUGGUGCAGUCUUUGGAGGGAUUCCAGCCUCAGGAAUCCUUUAUUCUUACAUCCAAAUUGUUUCUACCAUUCUUGGAGUCCCAUCAACCAAUGGGAAAUACAAAGCCUUCUCCACCUGUGGCUCUCACUUAUCUGUCGUGUGCUUGUUUUAUGGGACAGGCAUGAUUGCAUAUUGCAGUUCAGUACUUUCAGACACCCCCAGGAAGGUGAUGGUGGUCUCUGUGAUGUACACCAUUAUCAGUCCCAUGCUGAACCCUUUCGUCUACAGUUUGAGGAACAGGGACAUCAAGAAAGCUCUUUGGUUCCUGGCCUGCAAAGCAACAUGCCAUCCAUAUUAA